GCAUCAGUGGUUUAGUGGUAAAAUCCAUCGUUGCCAUCGAUGGGCCCCGUGUUCGAUUCACGGCUGAUGCAUCACGACUUCUUUUUUCUGUCUAGCUAGCCCAACCUUGCUGGGAUUGCCCUGGAAUAGCUUGCUUCCAAUCCUCUUGCAUAGAAUCUUGUACAGCCGAAGAGGUUUGUGCUGUUCCCUGGUAGCUCAUUCAGCGGCUUCUCGGUAGACAGUGAGGGUCCAAGAUAUCUCAGAAAGAUAUCUUGGACAGACAAAAUGAAAACCUCGUCUUGGCUGCUAGAACCGCGUUGAAUGUCAAUGCUUUGUGGCAUGGAGCAGGUCCACAGUGACGCGAUACUGACAUUUCUAAUGCGAGAUGCUGUCACUCUGAUUCAGUCCUGGGGAGUCCACUUUGCAGAUAUAUUACCGUGUUUCUUCUCCCCUGCCGAGUGUGUGGACAGUCACCUCAAGAAAGCACCAAGAUGCCAAUCAAAUCCUCCACAAGCUUCUCCCCAGGCGACACCGUUCGUUACAAGCCGGUGGGCGGUCCAGACAGCAACACGUCCGAGUCGGUGGGCAAGAUCAAGGAUGUCUUGACUGAGCCCGGUAAACAGGCUGGUCGGAACGUCAACGCCAGCGCUGAGAUGCCCAGAUACGAGAUUGAGAACCUCAAUACGGGAAAGACAUCUACCAUCUACGAGCGGAACAUCUUGGGUAUCGAGAAGUGAUCAGAUGGAUUGAUGUCGAGA